ACAUAUGCGAAGACAAAUUGUUUUCAUGUCAUUUUGCAUGUCGCAGUACAAGGAAGGAUGCCAAUUCGUUGUCAUAUUUUGUUUUACGCUUUGUUUUGUCGAGAAAGAAAACCAAAACAAAGCACAGGUAAAACAACCUUCCGGAAGGUUCGAUAUACUACGCUGUCUUAGGUUGUGAUCCUUCACCGUUUCGGAGCCUCCCUCCAAAGGAACGAGUCAUAAAAAUUAGCAUAAUUUUCAGCAUGCAAAAACCUCAACCGAGUCGAGUGGCCGGACAUAUCAACUCCGCAGAGAGGGAGAACGGGGGAGUUGAGGGAAAAGGAACGCAAAAAUGCACACCAAAAGAAAACAAACACAACCACCACCAUCUUCGUGUUCUGCCUGGAGGCAAUUUUGGCCAGGAGUUGAUAGCAGAAAAUCGUUUUAAUUUUGCGACGGUCGUUAUGAAGCCGUUGCAUUUCGUAGUAUUAAUGCACCUAGUUUGUGGAUGUGUGUAAAAGGUAAAAAUUAAACUCCCCGUGCUAAUGGAACGCGAAUCUCUCUAGUGGCCACUGGUGAUAAGUGCGUUAUCAUGGAAAGCAAGGAAUUAUUGAUAUUGAUAAGGCAAGAAAUGAGUAAAGCUACCGCGAUAAAUGGGCAUACCGAGUUGGCAACCUUUGGUGAUGCAAUUUCGCUAAUUUAGUCGGUUCGCGUCAUUCCGGUGUCUUGGCAACGACCUUCACGGCACGAAGGGGGAAUUCGAGUUGGGGAUAUAAGAGUCUCCGCCAUACCAACGGCAACAAAGCUCCAAAAUGCUCUCCACCAACAAAACCGGCUUUUUACCGCAUAUAUCGUGAAGCAUGAUGAACAGGUUGGACAUUAUUGCAGCGCAUGCAUGAACUGCUCGAUUUAGCAUAAAACUGCUCGAACGCUCUCUGGAGCUGCGAUGAAUGAAUCGUUUUGUGGGAGAGAGAAUUUGAAUGAAGCACACGCACUGCAGUCAUCCCUAUGGCGCUCGCUCUCAUUCAGCAUAUUGUUAGGUUGCCGGUUAGGUUGGCCAAACUCCAGCAUGAAUUCAUCCAUUCAUUCAUUGCGUAGCAUAGGAAGCAAGCGGACGCACGUACGUCGGGCUCCCGGUUUCGAUGUUCAAACCGCAAGUCGACGACGUUCACAAGGAAAGCCCCUUCAGCAUGGUUGAAAGAGUUUUAGUAGCCUCGGUGAGCCAGAUUGUAUCGUGAAGCUGUUUACAAUUCCUCAGUGUCGGCAAGUGUUGCGUGCGCGAAAAGAAUUUGUGUGUGUCUGAGGGGAAUUUGUUUCGGCAAAUGUGUUUAAUAUAGCUCAGCUUCCCGCGGCCUACGUGAGGGAUUUCGGGAGCUUUUGAUCAUCAGUGUGUUUAAGAAAACACAAGUGUCGCUUCCCACCGUUGAAGAAGGUGGUGUUGAAAUUUUAGGCUUUGCAAAAGAUUGUUCUUUUGGUGGAAGUUAAAUUAGUGUUGUUUCCGUUCUUGUGGCUUGGAGCAUUUUCUUUAUAGAAAAUAAUACUCCUUGGUGUGAAGUUGUCCAUACAGAACGUGUGUUUAUUAAACCAUCCCUCUAUGCUGAAGGAUUUAUUGAAGAAGAAUUAUAAGCAGUUUACUCAAAAAAAUUGUGAAUUUUUGAUAUAAAAAAAAUAAAUUCGAGUGUUUCAACGUGAAAUAAAUUAUAUGCACAAAAGUCGAUACUUAAAAAAAUCAUCACAAAAGUGUAGUGUAGUGGUGCAAAAGGUAAGGAGAUAAAGCUGCGUACUACUCUUUUAAAAUUUAUCUCCAUACGAUUUGUUUCGUUUUUUUUGCUUGUUAGUGAGUGAAAAUUAAAUUAUCUUCGCUUGAUCAAAACAGCUUUUGCCGCACGUUCAAAAGAUAAAGCGAAGGUGUUGCUCCUUCGCCUUCCACAAGGCACACAUACACACACCAGUGUUUUGAAUUGCUACGUUUGUAUGUGUACGAAAGUCCAAGUUUAUGCUAAUUUCGAAGGGUUACGUGUAUCGAGUGCAACUUUUACGGUACACAUUGAUGUGAACGGAGCACGGUUUAGCGUUGCAAAUGUGCAGAGUGUCGAUGAAGGCUUUGAGUGUGCGUAGUUUGAGUAACCCUGCCCGCCUCGUGCGCCCCCCGGGGGGAGUUGAAUAAUGCUACCGAUAAUUAGAUUUACCGUUUCAUUACCUACCGGCCGGUUGUGUUUGUGAGUUGUGCUGGAGAUUGUGGCCCCUUCGAUGUUUAAUAGCAAUAAAUGAGUAACGCCUAAAACAAAAGGAGUAAUUUGGCAGAUCAAGGUGAAGAAGUGGUGAGGUGUGAUUUUUGCACAUAAAAAAAUAAUUAAGUACGCUAAAACAGACGGCAUAAAUUGUAUCACAAGAGUGAGCCAGUAUCUUCGGCACAGAGAAUCUGCUGUCAGAUUUAAUAUUCUUCGGAGAAGAACAGCACCGUCAGCAGCAAAUAUGUAUCUGCAACAAUCGGCACCGGUGUCACCGCACACACCUUCCACACGCAGCAGUAGCCGCAGUAGCAGCAUGCAUCUGGCCGAGUACGAUUACGACGAGCCCAAGCCGGCAAAGAAACUGCUGGCCAAGGCCACCUUCGACAACAUUGCCGAAAGUACGGACGAGCUAGCUUUUCGUAAAGGCGAAACGCUGACCGUCAUCGAAACGGAUACGAAUGGGCUGAAAGGAUGGUGGCUGUGCCAGCUACGUGGCCGACAGGGUAUCUGUCCGGGCAACAGAUUAAAAAUUAUUCAAUCACAUGACUCGGGUUGCUUCACACUGUCACCGGCCUCAUCGCCGUGUCCAACGAUCGAUUCUACCACCAAUCUGAACAGUCCGAUACCGAGCGAAAUCUACGAAAAUACGUCACUGUGUAGCAGCACCAGUGCUGGGAGUCAGCGGCAGGGAAAACGGCGAUCCUGGCACGUCAUGCCCAACAAGGUACUAACGCCGCAGAAAUGUGGAGACGUUUAUCUGUAUGAUCUGUUGCCACCGUCAUCGGCGCGUGUUUCCUCCAACGCUUACCACCAGCAACAGCAGCAACAUUCGGCAGACGUGCUCGAUACGUACGACGUUCCUAAGCCAGCCGUACCCGUUGGACACGGUGGACUGCCCACCACACCGGGGGCAGGAUACGAUCCGCAUCAUCCCCACAGCCGCACGUCCUGGAGUCGGACACCAUCGCUGCAGUACGGUGCCGGGCAUCCACUUGCCCAUCUUCACUAUCCACACCCGAACUCACCGUCCGCUCUAUCGUCUCCCUCAUCAUCGUCACUAAGUUUCCCGCAUCCUCAUCCGGCCGGCUAUCAUCAUCAUCUUCAUCAGCAGUAUCCACAUCUUGCUUCCGGCUACCGGAUGGAGGAAUCGUACGACGUACCGCGACCCCUGCUUUCCCAGCAGCAACACCUGACGCCAAGCAGUUCCAACUCGUCAUUGCUGACGUCGGACAGCUUUAGUUUGUCCUCCUCCAAUCGCUCCUCGCUGGCGAACAUGCCCGACUACGAUGUACCACGGCGCAAUCCUGUCUCGGUACGCUCGACACCACCGCCACCCGUAUCCGGAGGUGCUGGUCCACCGCCCGGAACGCCCAGCUUCACCUCCAGCCACCAUUCGAUGUCGAUGUCAUCAUUUAGCAGCAUGUCCACGUACGAUGUACCACCGUCACACAUGCACGGUGGAGCAAAUGGGGCCGGAUACGUGUCAGCGAAACAGGCCCAACAGCAAGCACCACCCAAGGAACUGCCGUUGGAGUUGUCCUCCGCGCUGGAAACACUUGCGAGACUGCAAAACGAGGCCACGACGGCCGUCACUAGGUUACUUUCAUUUGUGUCUCCUAACUGGAGGGUAAAGGAGAAGCUCGAUCCAAUACUGAUGGACCUCAAGCUAGCAGCCGUGCGUCUUCGGACGGCGCUGCACGAUCUGGCCGAAUUUGGCGAUGGUGCCCUCGGCAAUGCAACCAAAGCAGAAGACAAAGGCUUAGCACAAAAAUUGAAACCCCUCGUUAAGGCACUGCGCGAUGCAGAUAAGCUCGUGCAUGAAGCAUCGCAAAAUCUGGACGCCCAGGGCUGGACCCUGGUUACGCUCCAGCGUCCAGAAGCAACACAGAAACUGCAGCAACAGCUACCACCGGACAGUCUCGAUCAGCUGAUUGCCUGUGCACAAACGCUUACGGAAGACGUGCGCCAAACGGCAUCUUUCAUCCAGGGCAAUGCGACACUGCUCUUCAAACGCUCACCAACGACCCCACAACAGACGUCCGCUCCGACCACACCGCAGACCCCAACGGGUACGGGCAAACCAUCAGCAUCCGGUGGGACGACCGGUGGCGAAUGGCCCGAAGACUACGAUUACGUUAGUCUCGAGUCGAAGGAAGCGUCCGCCCGGACAAACGCCGAAAUACGGGAUGCGUUGCCGAACGAUUUGAAGAAAAACUUUGAAAAUGUCGUCCGCAAUGCGGCCGAUGCAGCGGCAGCCAGCGUAUCAGAGCGCCCGGAAGUAGCACUCGAUCCGAACGACAAAUCGGUGCUGGUGUACUAUGCGUCACAAACCGUCACGCACAUGGGUUAUCUGACGCAGGCGAUAGAUGCAUUCCUGCAGACGGUCGAACAUAAUCAACCGCCCAAGUUUUUCCUCGCGUACGGCAAAUUCGUGGUGCUGAGCGCACACAAUCUCGUCAACAUUGGUGACAUCGUGCACCGGAAUGUAUCGCGGGAGUGUAUCAAGACGCGUGUCCUCUCCUGUGCCGAUGCACUGUCCGAGGCACUCAAAACGUGCGUGGCGAAGACGAAGAAAGCGGCUCAAAAUUUCCCCAGCGUUACCGCGGUACAGGAGAUGGUGGAUUCGGUCGUGGACAUUUCCCACUUGGCGAGUGAUUUGAAGAUUGCGAUGCUGGAAGCGGUUCAGCAGUAAAGCAAAACGCGUUCCUUAGAAACCGAAAGAAAAAGACGAGAAUAAGACACAGCAAGUAGCGAUCUCAUGUUCUUAUUUCUUAUAACCGUUUUCAUGAAGCGGAGUAGUAGGAUGGGCUAAACGUCCACAAUGCGAGGCCUGUUCUCACAAUUGAUAAAAUGCCAAAAAAAACCCCCCAUCAGUUUAUCCCAGAUUUUGUAGAAUAGGGAAACGAAAGAUUUCUUCCCACACAAGCACACAAGAACACAGCAAACAAAAAAAAACCCGUUAAAAUUGUGUUUUUUCGACAAUGCCAUCCUUCGUCCACAGCAACAUAAUGCAGUGGAGGUUGUAAUUUACUUAUGUUGUAAAUAUUGUACAAUUUAAUUUUAAAGUUUUACUCAUUUAAGUAGCAACAAAAGCAGCUGAGCUUCGACUUAGUUUUGCUAGGGUGGGCUCAGCAAAUCUUAUCUUACUUUAAAACAAAAUGUUUUUGAUUGAUUUACGUUUCUUUUUCCCUCACCAAACGAGAUAAAUCUAAAUUCCCAAUGUGAAAUGCCCCCCAGGAAGGGGUACUAUUGAUGAAAGGCGAAUGUGGGUCGUGUAAUAAAAAACAAACGGCGUAUAAAAGCUAAAUUUACAUUACUAACAAAACUAUACAAGAACAACAAAACAAAUCCCAAAGCACAACGCAUAAAUUCACCCUUUCGAACCCUCUGCCCUAAAUAAUCAUUCAUGUAUCACACUAUCGGCCAAGACAGCGAGCAGUCAUGUAGAGGUAUUAAUGUCCCCCCGAAAAACCCGUAAGCUUACCAGUUAGUGUUUUUAAUCGCAACAAAAAGGACCGAGUACGUAAAGUAAAUGAAUGUCUUUUUUUCAUUUUCCCCACUGCCGAGCAUCCUCUUUCUACGUAAUAAAAAAAUAAAUAAAAUGAAUGUUUGCUUACCAUGGAGAGCUAAUGAAGCGCCAGCCUAUAGACAAAAACGGACUAGCGGACUAGUAAUUUCGAAAACGGUUCCGAUCGUAACGGAACAGCAAAAACCUAAGGCCCUACACACCCAACCAUAUUUGCUCCCGGCGACAUCGUUUCAAAUCCACAACUAAAAUAACGUAUUAAAUGGAAACAACCCCACAAUUUAAGGCGCCCACAUUGCUCACUUUCGGGUUCAUAUUUGAAAGGGAAGGAAAUUAAAUUUGUAACAAACGUACAUAGAAAAUCGUUUGAAAUCAGAAUCAACGAACCAGCUCAAACUAAUGUCCAGUAAAAGUGGGCACACGGAAAAGAAAUAGGCUUUGGACGAAUGUACGUGGGGAAAAACAAGUAUUCAGUAAAGUAAAUUAUUCACAAUAAAUCACAUCGAUAUCGGCUCUAAGGCGAUCCGAAUGACAUAAA